AUGAGUAAAGAGACGCCGAAACGACCACAGGUGGGAAGACAACAAGUUGCCCCCGCUGCGUUUGAGAUUCGUUUCAGUACGACCGACUCGGGAUUAGAGCUUGUUGAAAUUCCACCACCCAAUCUCGAUCCACAAGAGAGAAAUAUACCGGAUCCAUUUAAAAAACGUGAUAAGAUUCCGCGAAAUUCUGGUAGCGGGUUUACAUUUGAAAAUUCUGGAAACGAUACUCAGUCAACGCCAACGAACAACAAACAAUGGAACAGCAUUUCUCAGAAAAACAAGCUAUUGAAAGAUCUAAAUAAUACCUCAUCCAAUGGAUUCGAUGCUUCCAUAAAAACAAAGUUAUGGAAUUCUGUAGGUCCAGAAGCGGAAAAGCAAGAACGUAUAACCUAUAGUAAAAGCAAAUUUCCCGAAAAGAUGGAAGUUGACGAAACAGCUACGACUUUAAAUUCCACAGUUUCAACAACGCGGAGUAAGGUGGACGAUGAAUCUGUUUCAAGACGUGCUCAAAACAACAAGAAACGUUCGUUACCGAUGGAAGAGAAUGGUAGCGAUAAGGAGAAUGGUUCCCCGACCAAGGAGACCUUCAACCAGAAUCAGACUCAUAGUAUAAAUAAGGACUUGUACGACACGAACGAAAUGGUCGUGUCCACUAGCAAGGAAAGUAUGCUUAAAAAUAUCAAUAAGAAUAGAAAAACGAGUAUGACAACAGAAAAUAAGGAUGAUUUCCGUACUACGAGUCGACCUAUGGAUGGAAUUGCUACACCUCCUGAAACACCACCAAAUAGCCCACCAAUAGAGCCGCUGAGUCAACGUACAAAUUCGAUUGACAUUCCACAGGCACCGUCCAAGACGAAGGAGAUGCCCAUUCCCCCAAGUCCUCUGUCGUCAGCUGGAUCUUUGAUAAUUGAUAAUUCCUCAAAACCGUCAACGCCAUCGCCAUCAAGAAUCCCUCGUUUAUCACCGUCAAGACCAAUUAUAACAGCUUAUUUAAAGGAAUUCCAGGAUGAGCAGGUGGAACAAGAACGAGGAGAGCAAGAGGAGCAAGAACAACAUGAACAAGAGGAAGGACAGGAGCAAUGGGAAGGAGAUGUGCCAGGGCAGCAAGAACGAGGGGAACAUGUGCAACUAGGGCAGGAUGAGCGACAAAGUUGGGAAAAACCAAAGAGUCUAUCGCGAAGACGACCUACAAUAUCGCAUGAUGACAUGAUUAUACCAACCAUUGCAAAGAAGCUAAAAAUGAAUGGACAAUUGCCUUUUCCUAAUCAUGACGCCUUACUUGGCACCAGUGAUGAACAAGACCCUUCAUCAGAAAAUGGUUACGUGGAUGUCACUAACCAGGUAGAGAACUUAUUUGAUGAUGAACAGAUGAAAUUGCCCGAACGACAAUCAUCAGUUCCCGAAUUACAACAGAGAAAAGCCUCCCUGUACAAAACGUCACCAAUGACAUCAAGUAAUGUGCGUCAAGGUUUAGUCCACCGAAAGGAUAGCAAAAGGAUAGAUCUUCAUGCACAAGUUGAGGAAACUCCAAGUUCUACCGGCCGCAAUCCCAAAUCUGAUGAGGAGAAGAAACGUAAUAGAAAAUCACGAAGGGAAGAAUAUAUCUUGGUAAUUAGGGAUGAGGAUGAAGCCGACGAAUUUGGUGACAUUGCUGAACCACAUUAUUCAAUGUCACCGACGCCAGAGCCGUCAUUGUCCACCACGACAACAUUGCUUCCUUCCGAGCGAGAUUCCGCUGAACACGAUCAUGACGAAAGUAAAGCGGAAGAGAUCAAUAAUGCUUCAUCGUCGACACAGUCAGCUCCACAAGGAGGAAGCACUCCUAGCUCAACAAUUCAAUUGAAUGUACCCAAUAAAAUCUCUUCUCCUCCUCUGACGCUAGACCUACAGAGGACCCUUACAUCGGAUCCAAACGAAAAGAAGUCCAAAAAGUCCAAGAAAAUUAAAAAAGAAAGAAUGGAUACUGCGGUUGAUGAAGAUGACACGGGAUACGUCAAAAAGUCCGUUGCAUUUUUAUUUCGGCUAUAUUUUUUGGGGUGUUCGGCCGGAAAUCACAACCCCGCGACGCGGUGGAAGCCCCGGGCACUUUGCGGCUUUCGUGGCUCCCCGCAGGUCGGGGAAGAGGAAGAUUCCUUCAGAAAGAACAAUGAACAAAAUAUCAUCUUAUAUUGUCGUAGUGUAUAA